AUGGCUGACGAGGAUUGGCCAUCGGUGAAGUUUCGCGAGCACGUCAUCAAUCGGCUAGAACCUGAACUUGCCAGAAAUCGACAGAAUGCACCGAACCUGCCGGUGCCUGGCGACGCGCGACAAGUCGAAGAAUAUGUGUUCGCAAAAUGUAUGUCGAAAGAUGAGUAUAUGAGAACGAUUGCCAAGGUUAUCAAUGCGAUCAAUUGUAAUAGCAAAUCGGCGGCGGUUCCUCCCGCGUUGCAGUCCAACAAUUUCCACAGCCCGCCGUGCACAACCGGAAGUAAGGUGAACAAUACCCCGGUUUGCUCAACGCCGAGUUAUCGUGCUGCAGUGCCACCGGAUCCGCAACCGACGGCGUCGCAGACGCGCAAUUCGUCGACAACGAGCGCCGCCGCGGCCGCCGCUGUUGCUGCCGCCGCCAGCACCACCACGAAUUCGCUGCAGCCGAUUCACAACACGACGGUUGGAUUCAAUGCGGCCGGCGCCGGCGGAGCGUCGUCGUUCAAUGGCGGUCCGGCGAUGGGACAACCGCCACCGCAGAUGGCAGGACCCGGCGCUUAUGGACAGUAUGGCAUGAUGAAUAGCAACGGCGGGUACGAUCAGAUGAUGAAGCAGCCGAAAAUGGAAUCGCGGCCGUGGGAGCUUGGAAAUAUGUACGGGCCGCCCGGACAGCAGCCGCCGCCACCGCAGCAGCAGCAACAGCAGUCAUGGUCGCAGCACGGAAUGCCACCACCGCCACAACAGAGCCAGCAGCACUUCAAUGGAUCCACGGCUUCGUCGGUUGGAUCGUCGUCGUCGUCAUCGGUAUUGGAAUCGUUGAUCAAUCAGCCGUACACGAUGGGAUCGUCGUCGUCGUCAUCAUCAUCGUCAUCACAGCAACAACAUCAGUCAUCGCAGCAACAGGUGCCGCAAUCAUCGCAGCAGCACCAACAGCAACAGCAGCAGCAGAGUCGCGAGCCGACUAUGAUGACUCCUGAGGAGCAAGUGGUGUAUAAUAACAAAUUACGAAUGUUGAAACAUAAUUGCGAGAGCUUAAGAAUGCGUGCUCGCCAAUGCCACACCGAAGGCAAUCAUGAGGCUGCUCAUAAGCUUGAAGUGAUGCUUGGCGUUCUUGAAGGAAAACGCGUCGUGAGUUUGGAGUAUUUGAAUCAUUUGGAGUCGUGGAUCCACAAGAAGGCCGACUUUUUGGCGGCGGCGAUCAAUCAUCAACCGAUGCGGCCGCCGAUGAACGAUGGAAUGGGCGGCGAUCCGCACGCGGCUCCGAAUAUUGGGGUUCCGAACGGGCAUAUGCAAAUGGGCGGCCCCCCGAUGAAUCCGUAUGGUGGACCGCCGAAUCCGUACGUUCAACAAUGGCAGCCGAAUGGAAUGCACCAGCAGCAAAUGUGGCAUCCGCAUCAGCAAUCGCAGCGGAUGAUGCCGCAGGAGAUGAUGAUGCCGGGUGGGCCGCCGAUGGGGCCGGUUGGCGUUGGUGGUCCGAUGCAUGGCAUGUACAGAGAGCACGAUCAGCUCACCUCGCCGGUCGGAAGCCAUCGACAUCAGCCGUAUCAGACGCCGACGAUGCGCAACAACAUGCGAACGAUGUCGUCGUCGAGCAGCGGAUCGAUGCGUGAUCGCAACUCGAUGAAUGGAAUGCCGACGACGCCGUCGUCGAGCACGAUGAUGACGCCGACGCGGCCCGGCAUGAUGGGACCAAUGCCUGGUUUUGAGGAUUUGAGCUACGACGAAUUCUUGUCGCCAAGUUUGGAUCAGAUGCAUCCGAGUGUGACACCGCAGAAGCAGCCGCCAAUGAUGAACAACCAAAUGCGGCCAGUUCUUAACGAUACUGCUCGACGGGAGCUGAUGGCUCUUGAGAAUCGAUUCGAGAUUAAUCCGAAUAUUGAGAAGCACGAUGCGAAUCAUAAUAUGGUUGUAUGCAAAAUACGCGGUCAGCCAUUCCCGCCGCUUCGUCUCGUCGUGCCGAACUCGUAUCCAGUGGGACAAGUUUCGGUUGAUCGCGCGGCGAUAGACUUGGAUGCUUAUUUAUAUGAUGAUCUCCAAAAUGUAGUUCAUGAGCGGCUUGCGCAACCUGGUUUGACAUCGCUCACCGACUAUCUCAACGCUUGGGAGGAGCAAGUCAAUCAAUAUUGUCAGAAUCAGAAUCAUGGUAACAAUUUCGAUGCGACAUUCGGCAACGAUUUCCUCAAUUAUGAUGGUCUAAAUUUGUAA